AUGGGUUUGUGUCCCUAUUGCCAUUUCUUACGGCCUAGGCCCUGGUGCUGUUCGCUCUUUCUGCAUCAGUCUCGACGGCUGGGAUCAGCCACCAUCUGUUACAAGGUGACUGCGUGGCCCUGUAACUCAAGCUCUUCACAAAAUCCAUCCUCUCCCAGGCAGUAUUUUGCAUUGCUAUCAAGAGACUUACGGGCACCUGCUGCGAGAUUGUGCAAGACUUACUACUCCUACCGCUCGUCCUGCUGGCUCCGCCUCUUGGUCCUGGAAACCUUACCACAGGUCAGUGGUAGAUUGGCUGGCUUCGCUACAGUGUCGCGAGAAUGGCAGAAGGCCAUCGAGCUGCACAGUUCUGCCCGAAUCAAGCUCACGCCGCCACGACUCGCCGAUUUUGGCUCGAUAGUUUAUCGUAAUAGGGCUCUUAUGCGCUACAUAUGGCUUUGCUUGGAACUUGAAGAAUAUGGCUGCCCAAUGUGCGCGCCUCAGGGUAUGGAUAUUACCGGGAUCAGCGACGCAGACAACGCCUUGAUUACCGCAGUAUUAUUGGAUCUGUUCUCAACUCUCAGCACAUGGGAAUCGAAAGGCAACUUGCUACUUGAUAUAAGCGUCCACUCUCCCAGCGACUCAGAACACUGGUUCAAAUAUCUGACCUUUGAACCUGAUAUCUCUUCGGACGAGUGUGGCCGAUAUCCGUGUAAAGAGCUAACGCUGGUCAAGCUUGACGACCACCAGCACGGCUGGGCUGCUGGCAAUCGAGUGUCCAUCCCUCCAAGUACUGGCAUCCACAAAGUCUUCGAUGAAAUUAUGGGCGAAGGACCAUUUUAUAAUGAUGAACAGGAAAACCAGUGGUGGCAACAACUGCCCUUAGUCCCGGCGGUAACAGGGCCGCCGACGAUGGAAGCCAACGGCAUUGGCACAGAUGUUUUCACGUCUUCCACAACUCCAGUAUAUUAUUCAAUUAGCUUUGCUGAUGGUGUUUCAGAAUGCGAGGCCAUUCGAACCCCUGCGUCUGAUGUCAGCCAGGCAGUCGCCAGAGCCAGUCUCAACUUUGAACACCUCUCAGCGUCGUUCAUAGUAGAUGCGAGCUAUUUCUUCGAUGCUCGCGAGUAUCCCUGGAGGUGGCCCGCCUUGAAUUCGCUUGUACUGACUUCGCGACUACUGGCGCCUGAUGAGAGUCCGGUCGAAAUUGAUAACAUGCUACGAUCAGCAGCAGCGGCAGCCAUGAAGAUGCCAAGGCUUGAAACAAUGGAGAUAUGGAACGGGCGAGAGGGAUUGGCGAUGCUCUAG